GACACAUCUCUCUCUGCACAACUUUAAAAGAAAGAGAGUGAGAAAGAAGAGAUUCGAGAGAGAAACACACAGAAAAUCUGUGCAUAGAGAAAAUGAAAGAGAAAGUAGAAAAAAGAAGAAGCUAAGGUGCAUGUUUUCGAAAUCAUCACCAUCAUUCUCUCUCUUUAAGUGUGAACAGUCACGAUGUUAGUGAAAGAUAUGUCUGGGAAAGAGAUGCGAGAAUUCCAUGGAAAAAGUAGGAGAAUGGCUGAUCUCAUAAGGAGUUUUCCGCAGAAAGCUCUAACCAAUAAUUCCCCGGCCACACCCUUUUUGAAUGUUGAAGCAAAACGACCUCGACUAGAGGUUUCCAGUUCACCUCCUGUGCAGGUUCGUGGAAGCAGCCAGCCUAGUUUAUCUGGUGUGGAUGAAAUGUGGACUUCGUUUUAUACACAGAUCAAUGGCAGUGGCGGUGGUGAUGGUGAUGCCACAUCAAUCUGGGAUGACCAUUUUCCAUUUGGAGAGCUUAUUGAGAAACAUUUCAGAAUGGAAAAGUAUCAUGAAAAAGUAAAGGAGUUAGAGUUAGAAAGUGCACUCCAAACUAGCCUGGCAGAUUGCUUUCGAACAACCUUCCUUCUUCGUGUUAUCGGGCGGAAGUUUGGUGAUAUGGAAAAGGAAAAGAAGACUUAUGUUGGAGAGAUUACUGAGUUGAAAAAGAAGUUGUCUGAAUCUGAGAAAAAUAUGGCUCAGAUGACUAGUCUUAAAGAUGAGCUGAAUAAAUUGAAGAAAACAUUGGAAGAAUCAAACUUGGAAAAAAGUCAACUGGUAGCAAGAGAAAAAGACUUGAUGGAGGAAAAUUCCAAGAUUAGAUUAAAAUCACUCAUCAAAGAAGAUGCUAACAAGAUUACUAUUGAAAAGUUGAAAGCUGAAAUUGAAGAAUUGAAGGGUGAAAUUUCAUUGCAGUACAAAGCUGGCUAUGGUGCUGGCUAUGAUAAGGCAGUGAAACAAGUUGUAUUUUUUGCAUCACAACUUAAACCUUGACGAAGUUGAAUGGAUUAAAACUGAAAGUAUUCGGGGUAAGAAGUUGGUUUUUGAACUUGAAGGUGAUUGAGGGAAUGCCCUCUUAAACUUGUGUAGUUGGAGCUUUGUUUUGGGGUAUAAAUGUUUUGGAUUCCAAUAUGGGUUUCUAGUAUAUAUGUUUUACUCUGUUUUCUUGUAGAUUGAUAUUACAGAUAUAAACUCAUCUUUAGAGUAUAGUUCUCAAUUUAAGUCUUUAACAUUAGUCUGCUAUUUGAACUGGUAAUUUACAUGAGUACUUUACA